ACUAGUUCAGUUAGCUAGCCUAGCUAGUACGUUACCUACCAUCGCGUACUGGAAUGAUUAUGGCUGCUAGAAGGGGAUAAAACUGGCUUGAAUAAAAUGGCUAGCUAGCUAGCCGCAAUAUAUUUAUGGCCGUAUAAAAAUACCAAAGAAUUGUUGGGGUGACCGUCAUUAUAAGCUGGAUGUAAUAUAAUAUAUAUAUUUAGCAUUCAUCCCGAAGAAAAAAAAACGUGCAGCCGUAUGCCGCGACAGGCAUGAGAAGAGAGCAGAAGACUCUUCACUAAACAAAUUCAGCCCGGUGUCUUGGCCUUGUACUCUGCGACUGAAUAGAUAUGCAGUGGAUGAAGUGAUCAUUGCCAGGUCUACAUUCAAAUCACAACAUGAGUGAGGUCCAGGCCACUGUUGAGUUUUGUGUGGAACUCAUCAAGUUCUAUAAUGUGGAUCUGUUUCAGAGAGGGUUUUAUCAGAUCCGCAGCAGCAUGAAAAUGCCAACUCGGGUCCCUCACAAGAUCGAGACAAGCCUGCUGCACCCUGCAGGGUCAGAUCUUGCCUUCCCUGCCACAGUUCACAAUGGUAUCAACUGCAGUAAAACAUUCCAAAUCCUUUAUAAGAAUGAAGAAAGUCUGAUCAAUGAUGUCCUUAUAUUCAAAGUAAAGCUGCUGCUUGAUGAAAAGAAGGUUGAAGUUUUACUCAACGAAAUGGACUUCCAGCUUUCAUUAGACUUGCACUUCACAGAUGGGGAUUAUUCGCCAGAGGAUAUGAGUUCCCUGCCAAUGAUAAGCAGUCGCACCCUGCGAUUACACUUUAACCUUUACCGUGGUGUUCACCAGCAUGUCAACAUCAUGUUUGAUUAUUUUCAUCUGUCAGUCCUCUCUGUUACUAUCCAUGGGUCCUUGGUUGCUCUUCAUCAGCCCCUAAUCAGUUUUCCACGGGCAGUGAAAAGUAACUGGCUGAACCGCAGUGCACCAACACAGACCAAAGAAUCCAUCAUCCCUACCUUGGAGAGCGUUGUGUUUGGCAGUAGCUACACUAAACGUCUUUCUUCGGAUGGCAGGACAUUCAUUGUGUCAGAGAACUGCUUGCAGCAUGCCUACAGUCUACACUACAGCCUGUGUGCCAGUCUCCUGCUGGCUUAUCAAGGGCUUUUCAGCUACUUCAUUGCAGUAACCAAGGACCUGCACCCCUCACUCAGAAUGGAGCUUGCCAAGCCCAGCAUGCAAGCCCUUUAUGAGCGAGUACUCGGAAGACCCUAUCCUCGAAGCCAGAGAAACAUCUACAUAGAGAAACUGGACAUGGAUGCCCGACUCUCUGAGCUAUGUGAUCAAGUAAAGCAGAAAGCAGAGAACCCUGAUGAGCUUGCAGAACUUGUGAACAUGAACCUGGCGCUGCUCUGCUCCCUGCUGAUGGCCCUAUGGGGGCAGUUUCUGGAAGUAGUGUCCCUCCAAGAGGAUGUCACCUCCCUUCUUGCCCAGGAGCAUCACACACUCAGAGUACGAAGGUUUGGCGAGGCUUUCUUCUGUCUUGAGCACCCAAGAGACACUGCUUUGGCAUAUCAAGAAUUACAUGCUCAAAGCCACUUACAGAUGACCACAGCAAUCAAAAAUUCAGCCUACUUCCUGUCUCUACCCCCUCUGCCUGUUGAGUGUGCUGAACUUGAUGGAGAUGUCAAUUCUUUGCCUAUAAUCUUUGAAGACCGGUACCUGGAGUCUGUUACAGAAGAUUGUGAUGUUCCAUGGCUUGGUGUCCACCAUGCAAGGAGCAGCUCCAUCUCCAACAAAGUUGACCUGAAGGAAUGCAAUGCUAUGGGCUACUAUAUCCCAGACCCCAGACUCCACCAAACAAUGCUGUCCACUGCCUGGCCUGGUGAGGAUGAGAAGCCAUUAAAGCCACAGAAGGGGAAGCAAGAGGACUCCUUCAAGUUCAAGGGAAAAUCUGUUAAGCUGAAAAAGAACAUAAAGACAGAAAAUUCCAAGAAACUAGUCAAACAGAGUUCUAAGGACUCAGUGGUUCUUGUCGGCUUCAAGUGUCUAAACGUUUCUCUAAAAAGCAGUGAUAAAUGCAAAGAAGAUGAGUUGCCCAAUCAAAAGGAGGAAUGGGAGGCUUUGCUGGGGAACUUUGGCAGUGAUGAAAGGACUUUCACAAAGCAGCUAAAUGAACCAGAUGUUGUAUCUUCCUUUGCAUGUCAAAAUGCCAUUGAUUCCACAAAUGACCAUGUGACUAACACUAAAAGCCAGGAAGGUGAUUCCUUUACUAAUAACUUGAACUUGGAUAUAAUGAAUAAGCCACAGACUGGAAUUGGGGCUGAAACUUUAGAGGGUAAAGCAGUUCAUAAAAGUGAGCAACCAUGUAGCCAAAAGCUAGUCCAAGACUCUGAAGACCCAGAGCUAGUCCCAGAAACGGGGAUCAGGCAGAUUGAAGUGAAACCAAGCAACAAAAACCCAUAUAAAGGGGAGAAAGUGACUGUCAUAAUGCCUUUUCAGACUGACAAUAACUUCCAAAGUGCUAUUUCUGAUGUUACUCAAACUGACUGUACAAAGUCGUUUCUCACGGACAGAGAUUUUGUCUUUGAGAAGAGCAUAGGCCUCAAGUCUGAUGACAGGCUGGCAGAGCUCAGUCAGGCAGGUGUGUCCACAAAGGAGAUACACCUGCUGGUGGGGGGUGACUCCAUCAAGCUGACGGACAUUGGGGGGCCCUGUGCCUCAUCCCGCCUGUCAGACUCGGGGAUUGAGAGUGAGCCCAGUUCUGGGUGGGCAGUGGAUGAACAUGGUUACCAACUAGUGGUAAAGGCCAUUCAGACCUCCCAGCUGAUUAGGCCAGACUCCACAGUGAAGAGCAGUGGGGUAGAGGGUCUUUUCACUGAAAGCACCAGUGCAGUCAGUGGUAUCCAGUCUUCCCUCACUUCCAUCAAUUCUCUACCAUCCGAUGACAAUAGUGAGGAUGGCUCCCGAGAAUCCAUGACAGCCAAGGCCCAUUCCACAUCAGAUGGGGUAAAGGGCAACAUUUCCAGAAGGGAUCAUGGCAAGAAAUCCAGCGUUGUGGUGCAGGAACAGAGUGUGGUGUUCUCUGGGAACAUGGAUGCUAUUCCCCGGUCCAAAACUAAAAUAAUUAGCACUACAGUCACAAUCAGUCCAUUUGCACAUGGCACAGGCACAGUCUCCAAUGUUGGCACUGAAGAACAGGGGUACAGAUCAGCUUUAGCUAGUCAGGGGGUUCAACCAUCAGCUCCACCUUCACCCAGUGUCCCUAUAUUCCAGGAUGCUGGCUCGGACAUUGGUACUCCAAGAUCUUCAAAUGUUGCUCUACCAGAACUCACUGGUGAAAUCAAACAAGAGGAAAUGGAUGAGGAGACAAGUGGUGUAAAAAGCUCCAGCGAGGCAAAACAGGAUUCUGUCAACCCCAGGGCUCAGGAGCACCUCUCCAGGGAGACAGCAUGUCAUUCUAGCACAUCAGCCACAAGUAGCACUGACAUUGUCAGACAGGGCCUAGUUGAGAAUUACUUUGGCUCACACUCUAGCACUGACAUCUCUGAGAUCAGCCCUAUGGAUUUAGCUGUCGUCACCCUGGGUCAGGGGGCAACAGGAGAGGAGGAGGAGAGUGAGCCAGAGCAUGAGAUGAUUGAGAAUGGCUACUAUGAGGAAGGGAGUGACCAUGCCUAUGUAAACAAUGUUGAAGGGGCAGACUUUGGGCACUGUGAUGGGGUUGAAGAAGGUGAAGAGAGGGGCCCUUAUUCAGAAAAGUUCAACAUGGAGCCCUUCCAUGAAAUUGGGAGCCUUCCUGGUGUCUGUACCCCCAGCUGCCUGCCCUUUACCUCUGCAUUGCGGGAUUCUCCAUGCAGCUUGGGCUGUUCUUGGGGAAAGUUGGAUACUGUCACCAGACAGCCCUGCCAUGCCCUACCCCCCUCUGCGUCUGUCUCCUUGCACUGGUAUGAGAGCGCCCCCACCGCACAAAUGAACAUCUUUGUCCAGGCCAAAGAGGACUUGAAGCAACUGAAGUUACCAGGUUUUCUGUACAGUGAGGUACCUGACCUAGCCUCCAGCAUCCCCUACUUCAGCUUGGAGAUGGAGGAGAGAUCAGAGGAGGGCAUUCAUCUCAUUGUUUGUGUCCAUGGCCUAGACGGAAACAGCGCUGACCUACGGUUAGUGAAAACCUACCUGGAGCUGGGGUUACCAGGAGCUCGUAUCGACUUUCUAAUGUCCGAGAGAAAUCAGAAUGAUACCUUCGCUGAUUUUGAGUCGAUGACAGACCGGCUCUUGGAUGAAAUUGUGCAGUACAUCCAGAUCUAUAAUCUCACCAUCUCAAAAAUAAGCUUCGUGGGUCAUUCCCUGGGGAAUUUAAUAAUCCGGUCUGUGCUGACAAGGCCCAGGUUCAAGUGCUACCUGAACAAGUUAUACACCUUCCUGUCCUUGUCUGGGCCACACCUAGGAACCCUGUAUAACAGCUCUGCCUUGGUCAAUACAGGUCUUUGGUUUAUGCAGAAGUGGAAAAAGUCUGGCUCCUUGUUGCAGCUGACUUGCCGUGAUCACCCGGACCCUCGUCAGACAUUUCUUUACAAGCUCAGCAAAAAAGCAGGUCUUCAGUUUUUCAAGAAUGUGGUGCUGGUUGGCUCUCUGCAGGACCGUUAUGUCCCCUACCAUUCUGCUCGCAUCGAGAUGUGCAAAACAGCCUUAAAGGACAAGCAGUCAGGUCCAGUGUAUGCUGAGAUGAUUGAAAACAUGCUGCUUCCAGUGCUGCGGAAUAAAGAGUGCAACCUAGUACGCUAUGACGUUAUUCAUGCCCUGCCCAACACUGCCAACUCCCUCAUUGGCAGGGCUGCCCACAUUGCUGUCCUCGACUCUGAGAUCUUCCUGGAGAAGUUCUUCCUGGUCGCAGGACUUAAAUACUUUCAGUAACUGGAGGGAGAACACAACUAUUACCUCAUUUCAUCCAAAUGUAUAACAGUUGAAAAUUGUUGUGUCCAAUUCCUUGGAGAUAUUUAUACUUUUAUAUGGGAGGCAAAAAAAAAAGUUUUUUCUUUUUGUCAGCAUUUUUAUGAUUAAUAUGCUUCUUUUUUUUUUUUCUACUGCCUUUUAAAAGCUGGUUUUAAUUGACUUUGUGUUGAUGCUACAUUUGGUUCCAUCAAGAACUUCUUGAGGAAGUCUUAUUUAUUGGCUCAUUCAGUUUCAUGAAUACAAUAUUAAUGGUGAACUGGAAUAUGCAAUGUAGCUGCAUAUAAUUAUUUAUUUUAUUGGCUUACCAAGUCACAAGUUAUGUAUCUUAUAAUCUCUUUAGAAAACAAUGCAGUUUACAAUGUUUCAUUCUUUCACACCUUUGGAAAAUAUUUUUUCUACUGAGAUAAAUAGUACUUUUUGCUACUCAGACAAGGCUGUAUUUAAGGAGAUUUGUGAAAGCUACAUUGGAUAUAGCUUUGAUUAUGGUUUUCCUAUCCAUUACAAUAUCAUAAGCAGUAAUAAUAACCUAAUUGUGAAAGGGGUUGGGGAAAACAUUGCUCAGAAGAACAAAUGAUUGUGAAUAUUUUACUACAGGGUUUUUAAGUGUUCCAGACAAUUUGAGUGGACAGUAUGUCAGUUUCAUUUGGGCAACAACUUUUGCAUUCAAAAUUGUGGGUGAUAGAAUUACUUUUUAGUUCAAUUUGUAUCUGGCUGAAUGGGAAUAUUUUGUGGAACAAAAAAACAGCUUUGUUUUAAUAGUGACUGAUGCAUGUAUAUUUUGUCUUUGUCCAAGUGAUUUGUACCAUCAUUUGCACUCUUUCCCAUUAAACGUAUUCAAAUUA